GUAAAAUUUAAGAAGAAGAAGAAGAAGUAAGAGUAAUGAAAAUAAGGCACAAUUUGAGGAUACAAGAAAAAGAUCGAAUUGACCUGGGUUUUCCUUACUCUCUAAGAAAAAUCUCAAAUUUAAUCUCUUUCGGUUCUGUUAUUUGGAAGCUCAAAAAGCGGAGAGGCAGAGAGAGAUUCGUAAUCCAUGGAUAAGCCUCUGCUUUCAGAUAAAACGAAGGAAUCCGAGAGGUGGGAUUCAUCAUACCAGUACCUGCAGAGAAACAGCUCUUCUGCUCGCAACGCCUUUUUCGCCGGAGCUGGCGUUACCGUAGAGGAAGUCCGUUCCGCUUCAGCUGUUUCCGAUCCUCCGUCUCUCUAUCCUCCCGUUUUAACGACCCCAGUUUCGUUGCCCACUCCUCAAGCUAUUGGCUACCCGAGUGCAUCUGGAGCAGGUCAUGAAUUGCAAAAGCAGAUUCUUGAUGAGAUUGAAAUAAGAGAGCUGCUUAUUGAUCAUAUUGGCCAUCGCUGCUGUUGGGGAAGCCGUCCUGCUCGGACAUGGAAGAUUCUUGCUGUUGAAGACUGCAAUGUUUAUGUCGGAACUCUUGACACUUUCAUUGAAGAGAGGGAAGCUUUAACACAGACAGUGCCUUUCACUGGCGGGAAUUUCAAUGGGAAGAAAGAUGGAUCUGCUCCUGAGUUAUGGCAACUGGACCUGAGAUCGCAGUUUCCUACACUGUUUGUCCCUUACAAAGAAACUCAAGUCCCGGUCCCUAAUUCUGAGACUGUUGAUAAAUGCACUGGUUGCACAGGAAGAGGAGAAGUAGUAUGUCCAACGUGCAACGCCGAUGGAGAGCCGGGGUUUUACAAGGAGAAUCAGGUGAUGAAGUGCUCCUCUUGCUAUGGAAGAGGUUUGAUUGCUCAUAAAGAUGGAUCCGACACAAUAUGCGCAGCUUGUAACGGUAAGGGAAAGCUUCCUUGCCCAAACUGCCAGUCUCGCGGGUUAAUCAAAUGUCAGUCUUGUAACGGUACUGGUUCUCUUCUAACAAGCAGUAUCGCAGUUGUGAGAUGGAAGACUCUGUCGAAGCGAAAGGUGAGUGCAACAAGAGGAGCUGGCUCGGUACCAGAAGAAGUAUUUCACAGAGCAGAAGGAGUUCAGCUUUGCAACACACAAGCUUACCAGUGCACGCCAGCUUACUUUGCAGACUCAUAUUUCCUCAACAAAGUCUCCUCAGAAGUCAUCUCGUUGAGAGCUGAAGUUCCACCAACGGCGAACGUGGUCUGCGAGAGACACACCAUAUCUGUUGUGCCUGUGACUCGUGUCACCAUGGAAGACCGUGGGAAAGCCUUCAGCUUUUACAUAAUCGGUUUUGGUAAAGAGAUUUACAUGAAAGAUUAUUAUCCAGCAAGGUUCUGCUGGGGUUUGUGUCCUUGCCUUGAGUGGUUAAAGCUUUGAAAACCAGAGUUGAUUUUUUUAUCAUCUCGACCUUGUUAGUACAGAAACUCAGAGAGAGAUUGCUUGUAUACAGAGCAGUUAUUGUGUUGUGUAUAUAAUUUAUUGUGGCCAAAUACUUGAUUGGAUCAGGAACUUGAGAGCUUUAGAGAAGCACACUAGUUCUCGAACUUACUAGCUUUAGAGGAAGGAGCAAAUGAAACACAAUUUGUAAUCUUUUGAUAUGAUAGAGGUAAAAUAAGAUU